GUCUGACUGAACUGACUGAGACUGGGACUCGACAUUUUUGCAGGGAGCGUCUGUCUUUGUUAGUACUGUAUUUUUGUUUUAGGGAUAUUUUGAAGUUGCUGUGUCUAUUUCUACCGUGGUUGUGACAGUUCAUUAUAUUAUCUAAAAUGGGUGUAAGAGUUUUUAUAUCUCUAAUAUCAGGAAACAAAGAGGUGAAGAAACGACAACAGAGAGUUUGUAUGAUUCUGGAAAGCAAACACAUCCCUUAUGAAGUAAUCGAUAUCACAGAGCCUGGCAAAGAAUCUGAGAAAGAGUUCAUGCAACAAAACAGCAAUGCCAAGGAUGCAAAACACCCACUGCCUCCACAAAUAUUCAACGAUGAAACCUACUGCGGGGACUAUGACGAGUUUGAUCUCGCAAAUGAGAAUGACGAACUGGAAAAGUUUCUGAAAGUUCCCGCCUCAUCAGCAAGUGUUGAAAAUGGACACGUCGCAAAUGGAAACACUUCUAGUCGAGAGAACUCAGCAGAAAAGGAAGGAGGAGAUCAACUGGUACCAGAAAGCCAGGAGAAUCCACCAGCGGAGGACAGUGAGAUGGUCGUUGAUAACAAUACAGAGCCAGUAAAAGAAGAGGAAGAAGUAGUUGCUAAGGAGGAGGAUGAUGGGGAACAUGAAGAGGAGGAAGAGUGAAUCGCUGCCGAAGCAGAAUAUAAAGACUUCUUCAUUUAUUUAUUUUGUCAUCCCAUUUCGUUUGAGAUUUUAGUUUGCAUGGCACCUUUUUCAGGUCUUUCAAAGCUAUCUUUUUUCAUAAAUUUACAUCUUUUGAUGGAGGUUUGAUGUUGGAUUAUUUCAAAGUUUGAAAAUAAACUAUUUAAACAUUUUUGGUUCAGUCAGACUGUCAGUACAGAAGAAGAAAAAACUAUGUGAAUUAAUGUUAAUAAUGGUUUUGAAUAACAUAAAGAUUUUAUGAAAUCUUGAUCAUCUACAUGUAUCUAUUGACAAAUCACGAAAAAGCCAUAAUUUAUGUAAUCAUUGGUACAUAAUUAAGUAGUGUUACGAGAGGAGCGAAACAUAUUUAUUUUGUGGAAAAAUAGUUUAGUUAAUUAUUACGGUAACUGAAAUUAAAUUGUAUUUUGUUUGAUGUUGCAAUUGGUUUUUAAUAUGUCCAAUUUGGUAAAUAGAUGACUCAUUUAACGUACUUAUUAGUACUGUACUAUUACAAAUGUAUAAAAGAAAUUGGAAUACAUUUUGAGAACUAAUAUUUUUUAGUUAAACAAUGAGAGAAAUUCCACCAAAUGGAGUGUGAAUUUAUUGUUUAUAUAGUAAAAGUUUGUAUAAUUGAUAAGUUUCAUUGCAAAUCAUCUAGUUGACUAGUAGUAAAUCCUGUGUCAAUUGUUGUUAUGUGCGAACCAAAACUAUUAUAGUAAAUAUUUACAUCCAGUUUUAUACCAAGAAAGUAGUUUUACUAAUGUUUUGAUGCAACCUCAUUUCGCUAGUCUUUAAAAGUACAGUAGUUUCAUUCAAGCUCAAAUGACGUAACUUUUCAUGGGUGUUAGGUUUUUGGAUUUUAUAUUUUAUGUAUCAUUAGUUUUAUACCUGCAUGCUGCAUGAUUUUUUAUGAAGAAUAAAUAUAUAUAUCUUCUAGUGUGUCAAAGAAGCCAUAAAUGGUAUAUUUUAAACUUGUAUUAUUGACAUGACAAAUUUAUUUAUUAUUAUUAUAACAAAGGUCAAUGUUAUUUGACAUUGUGAGAUUUAGAUUUUUUCAAAUAAAAAUGGUUUUUUUAUUUAUUUAGACCAAUUUACUGUAAUGUGGUGAAAAAGUAUAGUAAAAUUUAAUUUUAGCCUAGUUAUAUUAAUUUUAAUUUGUAGUUUUUCUGAAAUUUUAAUAUCACAAAGUUUUAAUGUUUGCAUUCUAAGCAUCUGCAUUUUAACCUAACAUUAUCAUCCAAGCCAAACUGAUAAAACUGAUAGUUAUUAUAAAACUAUUUUUGAAAAGGAAAUAACGACUAAUUAAACUGUUUUUAAUAUUUGUGAUGAUCUAGGUGCAUGUGCUGUAAUGGCCAGUUCCUUUAACUAAAAAAAAAAAAAUAAUUGGGUAAACAUUAAUAUAAUAUAACAAAAAUUUAGUUGUAGUUUAGACAUUGCCUACUUAUAAACUAACAUAAGGUAGCUUAAAGCCUCCACUGCCCCGAAGUAUUAUUUUUAACUGUGUAGUAAGUAACCAAGAAAGUUUUAACAUAAUAACACAUGUAAAAAUCGAAUCCCAAAGAUGUAUGUGAAUUAGUACUAUAACACAAAGUCCUUUUCAGCUUGGUUACAGUUCUGCAAACUGUUGUUGCACUUUAGUUUAUCCUAGUUAAUGAAAGACUGGAGGUUGUACAAGCACUGGCUUAACAUUUUUGGCCGACCUGCUCAAUGUAUUAUGUUUGGUGUGAACUGUUAAGUUCAUUUCACCUGCGUAUUAGUGUAUGUUUUGUAAGUGUCUAUUCUCUUGAUCUACUCCUACUGUCCUAUGUGUUAAUUAUACGCUGUAAAUAAAUUUAACGCUAUAAUUUUUUAUCACGAGUUGAUUUAACAUUGUUAUAUAUUAUAGUAUUCUAUACGCAGAUUAUAUAGUCUUUAUUUGUUUAUCAUCUCUUUUCAUCUUGCAUUAUAAGGUGUCAUUAUUGAUUGCUUUAUUUAUUCAAUGUUAAAUUGAGAUUUAUAUUUUAUUUUAUUUCAACAUAAUUUUAUGCUCCUAUUGUCUUUAUUUAGUAUUAUGUUCACUUUUCGUCAAUAAACAAUAUUGCUUAUAA